UCCAUGCAUGAUUAAUGAACAAAUGUGCGCAAUAAAGAGCCGAGCAGAUCCCACUUCCAGCUUCCGUCACCGGACCGGGCUUUGAACUUAUCUCGGCUGCGGCUCGCUAACAAAGGAUGGAGCGCAGAGGAUCCUUUGUCAACAUUCCUGCGCAACUUUGCAGAUGCGAUUAUGUGAUCAAAUAUGUUUCGCUAUCCGAGUAUAGCAUCGCAACACCCAUCCACGGUCCGGACGGGGGACUGGUGUCCAUUGCAUACCAGCGGGCCAUGUGUUGGCCGGUAUAUUUAUAGCAGACCGCACCCAUGCCAUCAAAAGCUGUAUCUUGAAGGGAGCCAUCCGUCAAUAUAGUCCCUAUCUUUGCACUUCUUUAACUAUACCCGGCAUCAAACUAGCACACAUCGUUUCUACCCUAGCCAAGAUGAGCGCCUUCAAGAACAUCCUCCUCGUCGGCGCCGGCGGGUCCAUAGGUAGCAUCGUCUUGGAGGCCCUGCUCAAGGAGUCCAGCUUCACCGUGACGAUCCUCCAGCGCGCCUCGUCCAAGACCGCCAUCCCCGACGGCGUCCGGUCCAUCAAGGUGGCCGACGACUACCCGACCGCGGAGCUCGAGGCGGCCUUCAGGGGCCAGGAGGCCAUCGUCAACUGCAUGACCUCGCUCAGCGUCAUCGACCAGUUCCGCUUCAUCGACGCCGCCGUGGCCGUCGGCGUGCGCCGCUACCUGCCGUCCGAGUACGGGCUCAACAACAUGCGCAAGGACGCCCAGGCCCUGUCGACCGUCUUCCGCGACAAGGGCAGGGUCCAGGAGCGCCUGCGCGAGCUGGCCGCCGCCGGCCGCAUCGAGUGGACGUCGGUCAGCUGCGGAAUGUGGAUCCGCUGGAGCCUGGCGCACGAGUUCCUGGGCCUGCACCUCAAGGAGCGCCGCGCCGUGCUGUGGGACGACGGGGAGGGGCUGUGCAGCUGCACCACCGAGGAGAACACGGCGCUGGCCCUGGUUCGCGCGCUCUCAGAGUUCCCCGAGGAGACCCGCAACCAGAACGUGCUGCUGAGCGACUUUGCCGUCUCGCAGCGCCAGAUGGUCGCCGAGCUCGAGCGCCAAACGGGCGGGGAGCCCUGGAAAGUCGAGAAGCUGGACAGCGUCAAGUUCAUCGAGGAGCAGCAGAAGCUGGUGGAGGGGGGUAACGUCGGGGCGACGUUUGCCCUGAUCGAGACCGGCUUCUUGACGGGCCGGUACGGCGGACACCUGGAGCUGGAAGGAGAUAUUUUCAACGAGAAGCUGGGCCUCAAAAAGCACACGCUUGAGGAUGUGAUAGCGAGCGCCUUGAAAGCACUGAAGUGAUGCGAAUUGCGUGCGGGGAAACCUGUGGCUGGGGGGCGGAUAUGACUAUUCGUGAAGAACACAGGUGACGACAAUACAGAAGCAUGACAAAACAGUCUAUCCAAAACAAAACAGGAUAUGGACAACAAACGCCCAAUGAAGCUCAGGCUCAGACUUGUGUGUAAAU